AUGUACUCUUUCAGCGUGAAGUCCACCAUGUUUGAGGGCAACAACCACAACGUAAGUGACACAGUUAGACACUCCUUUGUUUUACUACUACUGCUCGGCAUUACUACUCUUUCUCUCGCAGCGUACACACCGCCAGAAGUCCAUCGCAGGUCGUGGGGUCGGAGUCGCUCGAGUCGAGUUUCACGCGAGUCCCGCUCGCCGAGGCCGUACUACUUCAGUAGUUUUACUGUUCUCUGUUUGCUGUUCGCUGGCAAAAAACUAACUUCCGGCGCCUUGCUUGGUCCAUCGGCCCGUCCACUCUCCCGUCACCCACGGUUCAACACGAGACAUGACUUCAAUUUGGACACCGUGGUUAAAACGAAGAUUGCACCAUAUCACAACAGAACCUCACAGGACAUUGUAGAGGUGCUCCUGGUGGGGUAA